CCCCCCCCCCGGAUGGACUACUUUCAACACGUCUUGCUAUCAUUUAUCAUUAGAGGAAGAAUCAUGGAUGGAUAGCAUGAAAAUGUGCGAGAUACACGGUGCAUACCUGGUUCAUGUAAACAGUGCCAGUGAGAAUACAUUUACAACCAAUCUAAUGGUAACUAAUGGAGCGGGUCAUGCAUGGAUGGGCGGUUCUGAUUGGACUGUAGAGGGAAUGUGGGUAUGGGAACCGGAAGGAGAGUUGAUUCAAUACUCAAAUUUUGCUGUCGAUGAUCAUGAACCCAACAACAAGAACGGUCAAAAUUGUCUGAAAAAGGGUAUUAGUCAGUAUUACCAUUGGAAUGACCAAGACUGUGACAGACUUUAUCCUUAUAUUUGCGAAACUACCAAUAAAGAUGAAAAUCCAGUAGUUGGCUAAACAUGUGUUUGUAAAUUGUAAAUAAAUCAGUCAGACGAUAGGAAUUCAUGUACAUGUGUUAUUUAUGUUAACGUUCAUGGAGCAGCAGGUUUGUGUCAUUCGAAUGGUAGGAAAAAUAAAUAUGUACACUUACAUGGUGUAC